AGGCAGGACGGAAGAAGAGAUGAGCAUGCAUGUCUUUUAUGUGAGUUUAUGCAUGUGUCUUUCUAUGCCAUUUAAAUGGAUGCUAAAGGAAGUGCUGGGAUUGGGGUGAAAAUGGAAAGGCUGUUUCUGUAAGGUAUACUCUUGAAUUGUUUGUGCAAACAUCUGGUUAUCAAAAGCGUAGGACUACCAAGUAGCUCCACAAGCAGGACAUGUUUUUGCAGAACUCUGUAGUAAAGGAAAGAGCAAGGUAAUGUUUACAGUUCAAUAAGUAAAAUAGAUUUAGUUGUAGUAAAAUCACUGUUUAAUAUGGAUUUAGAUGUAACAUUUGAGCGCAUUUAAACGUUUGAGAUACUGUCAAGUGAAGAUGUUGGAGAAGUGGGCGUUCAAAUGAAUUUCCUUGCUUGCUCUUUUUUCCUCUUUCAAAUGUUCCAUCUUUGUAAAAUAUCGUAAUAUUUUAGGUACGGGGGGCUUUUGUAGGUCACUAGAUAUACAGUAAGAAGAAGAAAGGAGAGAGAAGGUCUCAAUGUGUCAGAGGCAGUGAUUGUCUAAAAUUAACUGUUUAGAAAAGGAAGGAAAAGCUUGGAGGGAAGAACGAGGCUCAAAUACGUGCAACUGCGCUGUUCUAGUUGGGGAGAUAAUGAGUGAUAGAUCUGAGCUGGUGCAGUGGUGUGAUGCCCAUUAAUUUCUCAGAGCCUUGACUUUGCAGGUUUGUUACUUAUUUUGUUGAUGCCUUUAAUUAUAACCAAUUUUGGGUGAUAGCUUGGGACAGUGAAGCUGAGACCUUUCGUUUGUUUACUUAUUUUGAGUAUUCUGACAGUCUGUAAUAGUGGUGGAACAUCACUGUUAGAAAUCAGGUGCUUUCAGAUGAGAUACAAUAGGAAUGCGGUUUAUUUUUUUCAACUACCUACUACUGUUUUAUUGGUAGCAGUUACAUUGCUUGCAUAAAUUGGUGUUAAUGUGUUCAUUCUUAUCUUUAUUUGUGGCAAUGACAAUCCAUGUUUUCCCUAAUCGUACUGGGUCACCUAAUGAAUUAAUGCUUCUUUAGGACCCGAUAAAGUAGAGGAGGGGGCUGAGCAUCUUGUACUUAUUGUUCUACCUUUGAUUGCAUGGUAUUUGAUGACUCCUCAAUGAAGAAAAUCUGUAGAAGUCAAGGAAAAAAAACCCCUUAUUUUAAGGUAGAAAGUAUUUAAAAAAAAAAAACUAGACCUUCGUGUCCUUUCUGGAUUUGGGUUAGUUACACGAUGAAAGACAAGCCUGGCUUUGAUAUUUAGAGUUGUGAUGUGUAUAUAAGAUUCUGUAGUAAGCUUUUGUUGCUAAGGCACAUGCAGUUGCGUCAGUGAUGGGGAUGUGAUGGAGAUUUAUGCGUCCUUGAAGUCUCAAAUAAUUUUCCCUACAUUCAUUUAUUUUUUUAAUACUAAAUUCAUUUCUAUUGCUAUAAAAUAUCUCAUAUCUUACAGUUGAUGUGUUUUCCCCAGUGUGAGAUCAUGCAUCAGUACUUUUCAGGAUUGGGGCUUGUAGAGUAUUUGACUUCUGAGCUUACAGAAGUCAUGGAGGUGCAGCACGAUGAUCUGUUUAAGGGCAGAUGCAAAUGAAAGUUGCUGUCUAAUUCAGUGCUUCAGGAAUGUUCCCUGCAUAAUGCAUUUCUGUCUAUGUUGGUGACUUUCAGCGUUGGUGGAGGGCACUGGUACCACUGGAGCCCUUCCAGUAGCAAAGCUCUUUGGAUUCAGUUGCUCCAGUCUGGAGUGUUUGCAGAGCUGUCAGGUGGCCACUAAGUUCUCUCCCUUUCAGUUAUUGCUGCCUCAGGGAUGGCUGGUGAGGAUGUGGUCCCAUCUGACCUCCAUAUGCAGCUGGAAAAAAGAUGGAAGGUCACUGCACUGUGUUUAGGCCUGUGAUUGCGUGCGAGCCUGGUUGGAGGAGCUGAUGACUUCUCUGUAUUCUCUCCCUGGUUGAGUGCUGCUUAAAAGCUUUUGUAGGUACAUGAGGGAUGAAGGAAGCUUGUCCUUUUUUCUUUCCUCCCCUUAUGAAUUUUUCAUUAUUGCAUACUUGAAAACUGGCAAAGACAACAAUACUCACAAUUUAUAAUUUAAGAUGGAUCUGACUCAUCCCAUAAUGUUGUGCACAGUGGCCCAUUGAGAAUGUGGAAUUCCAGGAGCUGACUGUUAUGUUAUCUCUGUUGGGGCAGAUGAGUACAGUUGCCGUAAGUCUGCGUUUUUCUGCUGCUGUUAGAAGGAAAACUGGUAUUUGUGACUUGAGAGUUGUUAUCAUUAGGUGAGUGUUAUUGGAAGACUUUGCAUAGGGGAUCUUUGUUUAAUGUAGAUCAGUUAGAAUUUAAAUGUUCAUUAUGAUGUGUGGAAGCUGAUCUGUUUAUAGUAGUUUGGGUUUGAGAGUUUAUGGUGAAUUGGGCCAAAUAUUGGAGGCCUUCUGGUGUGAAUCAAAUGCGGGUACGUGGAGAGGAGGCCAGGCCUUUCCUCAGCACUAUGGAGCUGCCAUGUGGCCUCCCCUAGUCUACUGCAGUUCUGUAUUAGAUAAUACAAAAUACACAACCCUACAGGGUUAACCCAUGUUUAAGCCACUGCUUUGUAGUGAGGUGUGAACGCAUUCUUCACUUGGAAUUAGAGAGAUUUGGGGGUACUUAAUGAGAAGAUAAGCGCAGCUCUAAGUUGCUGUCCUUGGCUUCACCUUCUCCUGCUGGUGGACCUUGGUAUUCCGGUGGUGGCCAGUGGCUUCCUUCUAGCAUGUGCUUUUAGAAGAGGCUGAGGCUUGUGGGCAUGCUUGUCCCUUUUCAUUUCUGCAGAGCAGAAGGCACUGUCACAAUGCUGUAGAAGUAAUAAUGCACGUAAACAAGUAUUCCUUAAAUAAAAAUAGUUCUAAUAGUGUUCCCUGCAUAUCUUUGUUCCAAAUGAAGUUACUGGCAGUAGAUGAGUAGGGGGAAGUUGAUUUUUAGCAGAAAGCGUGAAUGCUGGAAAUUCUUCCUAAUAUGCAUGUGCCAGCUAUUCUGUGGCAAUAUUGCAGUUUGAUUUCCUUCCUGUAAGAGCAGCUGUUCAGGGAAUUCAUCUCUUUGCUUGAUGCAGAGGGCCCUAAAAAAUGCAAUACGCAACUGCUGUGGUGAUUGUGGCCAUUUUCAGUGUGUCCAGGGAUGGAAGGGCCUCGGUGAUCCAGCACGGUAGCAUAUUGUUCUCUAGACUAAGUGGGCCAGGACAAAAUUAUCAUUUUCUGUUUCGUGUGCUCUGUGAGAGAUUCCGGAGUACACUUCAGAAUUUGACAUUGUGUUUGAUAAUUUAUAGAGCACAGUUUAUAUUUAACUGUAGACACACUAAUCCAGGAAAAAGAGUAGUGUAUUUUUAGACUCCUUUUUUAUUGUCUCUGCUUGUCAUUACUCAGCUACUGAAAGAAGUGUUCAUAAAUGUAGAUGCUCAUUGGGAUAGAAAUUGAGUUUAAUUUCGAUGAUUAGUCCUUGCUACUUAUAAAAAAAAAAAAAACAAGCGUUCGUGUGAUGAUCUUUGGCUAUCAAGGAGCUUUACAGCUGUACCUGGUCCUCGUGGGUGCUGUAGGAAGAUGUUCCCACCGCAGAGUGACUAGGCUGAAUGCCCCAGCAACCAGAGAUGCUUAGAGGACUUUUUUUUAGCUUUAAUAAUGACCCAAGGUCACCUCGAGACAAUGGCAGAGUUCUUGUUUGAGGUGAAACACUGAUGGACUGGCUCCUGCUCUAAAGAAGCUUUGAGUCUAGACUGUUGAGCCUUGUAAGGAAAGGCUAUUCAACAGAAAAGGUAUUAGCAUUUUUCUUUUUUUCUUCCUUCAAUUCUUAAGUACCUAUGUAAGCUGUUUGUCACUGUUUGGGGUUUUUAGGACAGUUCUGCCUAAUAAUAGCUAAUGCUUCUACUUUCUCAACGGUUGCCUAUUGACAUCUAAGCAAAAGGCAUUCUAAGGGGUUUGAGGUUGGGCUCUGCAGGUGGCCUGGGACCUGUUGUCUUCAUGCAUCUGCACCUGACGGGAGUAUUAGUUGUUUUUUUUAAUGUUGUUAAUGGCUACUUUUUCCAUGGGCUCCCUCCUUUAUCUUAGGAGGAGUUUCAAAAGCUGUCUGAAUGUUCAGGGUAUGUUCAUUUAUUUGAAUAAGAAUUUAGUUAAUGAGUUUAUUUAGGAACUUCAGGAAGCAUCCUAGUAAUUUGAAUAAGGAAGAUGUUUGGUUUGGCCUGGGGCCUGUUUCCCUUAUUUAGUAUAGACUGUAUUAGAGUUCGCCAGGGAUAAGCUAGCAGGAUCUUUUAGUUGGACCUGUGAUAAACACACACGUACUUGAUAUUUUGUCCUUCAUCGGUUGAAUAGUAUGCUAUUAAUCUGUGAGUAAUGGUCUUUGAUCUCAGCAUAGGUGUUUUUUUUUGCAUGAGAUCUUUCUGUAUUAUUGAGAUAUUUGUUCCAUACAGUGCUUUACGUAACUUUGUUUAAGCAGUUUUGUAGAUACUUUACUUGUGACAGCAUCAGAGUAAGCAGCUCCCUCCAUAUCCUAGAAGAUCAGUUCUUAUCACUUAGCACCGGGGAUUUCUCAAAUCCUCAACUUAAUUUUUCUCCUUGUGUCCAUUGCUAUCUCAUAUGGUCAUACUACUCCAGGGUGAUUCACUUUUACUUUUCCUACCAUUGCACCUUGUAGAAGCAAGAAUCCCUAUUUUUUUUUUUGUGGAAGUAUUAUUCCUAUAAGUAAUAAUGGUGUGCUACAGGGCAGUAGAAUUAGAGGUUAAUUACAGAAAAUCUGUAAAUUUUUGUUCAUUACUAGUCUAAUUCAGUUCAAGACUGGACAGGGAAAAGUGCUGUUACUCUGCAAUAAGCUAACACUUCUAAUGAGGGAAAUGGAAAUUCCAGUGUUGCCCAUGUCCAGUCUUAGGGUAUGUCUUGAGUUUGUGAGCAGUAGUAUCCAUAGAGGUGCUGUUGGCAGCAGUCGAGAUGUAAACAUUGAUUAGUGCUUCUGAAUUGCAUUUAUUAGUGUCUUCAUUAAGGUCCUGUUGAGGACAGAGCCUGAAAUACGUUUGUUGUAGUGUGUUUUGCUAAGCUAUGAAUUUCUACAUAAUCAUUGCCUGAAAAACACAGGUAACACUUUCUAAAGAGAACAAAUGGCUUAGGAGCUGAAAUCUUAUUGCAGUGGACAAUAAUGAACCUUAAAUCACGUAGAGGCUUUUGGAAAUCAUAGCUUUUGCUUCUAGAACUUUGAUAGUAAUAAUAGGUGGGGGGUUGGAUGUCCUUGGGCUUCAGGAAGAGCCUGCUCUGGCCUGCCUUUUGCUUUAGCUGCUGAUAAUUAGCACCAUGGAGCCUCAGGUGUCGAAUGGCCCUACUUCCAAUACAACCAAUGGACCCUCCAGCAACAGUAGAAACUGCCCUUCCCCCAUGCAGACGGGGGCUGCCACAGAUGACAGCAAAACCAACCUCAUAGUCAACUAUUUACCCCAGAACAUGACCCAGGAGGAAUUCAGGAGUCUCUUUGGGAGCAUUGGUGAAAUAGAAUCCUGCAAGCUCGUGAGAGACAAAAUCACAGGGCAGAGUUUAGGAUAUGGAUUUGUUAACUACAUUGAUCCAAAGGAUGCAGAGAAAGCCAUUAACACUUUAAAUGGACUCAGACUCCAGACCAAAACCAUAAAGGUGUCGUAUGCCCGUCCAAGUUCAGCAUCAAUCAGAGAUGCGAACCUGUAUGUCAGCGGCCUUCCGAAAACAAUGACCCAGAAAGAAUUAGAGCAGUUAUUCUCACAAUAUGGGCGCAUCAUCACCUCACGGAUUCUGGUUGAUCAAGUCACAGGGGUUUCUCGAGGUGUGGGAUUUAUCCGUUUUGAUAAGAGAAUAGAGGCGGAAGAAGCCAUAAAGGGACUAAAUGGCCAGAAGCCUAGCGGUGCUACGGAACCAAUUACUGUGAAGUUUGCCAAUAACCCCAGCCAGAAAACAAGCCAGGCACUCCUUUCACAGCUGUAUCAAUCUCCCAACAGACGCUAUCCUGGACCGCUCCACCACCAGGCUCAGAGAUUCAGGCUGGACAAUUUGCUUAAUAUGGCCUAUGGCGUAAAGAGACCCCUCUUUUUACUUGGUAGGUUCUCCCCAAUCACAAUUGAUGGUAUGACGAGCCUUGUUGGAAUGAAUAUCCCUGGUCACACUGGAACUGGAUGGUGCAUCUUCGUCUACAACUUGUCUCCCGACUCAGAUGAGAGUGUGCUGUGGCAGCUGUUCGGUCCCUUCGGAGCGGUCAAUAAUGUCAAGGUGAUCCGCGACUUCAACACCAACAAGUGCAAGGGAUUUGGCUUUGUCACCAUGACCAACUACGACGAAGCUGCCAUGGCGAUUGCCAGCCUUAAUGGAUACCGUUUAGGAGACAGAGUAUUGCAAGUUUCCUUUAAAACCAAUAAAACCCACAAAUCCUGAAUUUCAUAUCCUUACUUACUAAAAUAUAUAUAUAUAAAUAUAUAUACGAACAAAACAAAACAAAAAAACUCUUCAAGGCUUAUAUUCAACCAUGGACUUUAUAAGCCAGUGUUGCCUAAGUAUUAAAACAUUGGAUAUCCUGUGAGGAACAGGAAAGGAUUUUAUAAUGCUUAGAAAAAAAAAAAACCUUUGAUGCAUUGAAUGUUCUUUCAUAGCUGUCGUUGUUGAAUAUAAUAUACAUAGAUAACAAUGUGCAGGGAUUUUUACCCGGCCAGCUAGUUUUACUACCUUCCUUGAAGGUGGGUCUUUUUAAGAUGACCAUUCACUCAUUUGAAAAAAAUAAGAAAACAAAAACAAUUUUUACAAACUAAUGGGAUUAAAAGCGAGAAAAAAGAUUUUUCUUUUCUUUUCUUCUUUUGAAAACAUUGAUCUAAUCAGAUUGGUAAACCCCCCUGGUAAAUUAAAGAGGAACAAUAAAAAUUGCAAAAAGAAGAACAUAAUUUUGCAACUUUUUUUAUUUUUCCUUUUUUCUUUUAUAUCAUGUGAACUAAACAGUCUUCUGUUAGGGAAUGGGGUAGAGGGGGAUACCUGAUGACAUAACAAUUUAAAUAACAUUAACAAUGUUGCCAAAGAGGUGGUCUCUUUGCUGAAAAUGGGUUUCAAGAAAAAUCUAUUUUUAUAAAAUAUAAAGAAUUUUUACAAGAGAAUCUGGAUUUGAGAAAAAAUAUUUUGACUGGCUAAUUUAGGGGAAAUUGACAACUUUGUCAUGUUCAUACUGCACUGGUAACUUUUUAGAGAUCAAGAUGUGUGUUUUAAACUGGAUUAGUAGAUUGUUUUUUGAAGGAUGGGCUACAAACAGAUGAUCUUCGUAUCUUUUCAUAGCAUGUAAUAAAAAUAUUAAAUACAGUACGGGAGAGUGUUCUUCCCAGGCACGCAGUUACCCACAGUCAAAACCCAAAAGCAAGGAGAUGAGUUGCAAGAUGGUUUUUCUUUAAGUCAUCAGUAUGGGAUAUCAGCAGAACAAAAGUUUAAAAAAAAGAAAAAAAACUUAAUUUUGAUCAAAAACUUCCUUGGUUUGAGCAGUAGGUGCUACGAAAUUAUUUACAUAUCUUAGUAUCAUAGUUAAAUGUAAUGUGUUUAGAAAGAAUACAUUUGCUUUAAAUUUGUUAAGAAUUUUCAAAUUCACUUUAUAGCCCAUGCUAAUAUAAUUGGGCUGUGUUGGCACAUUUGGAACACUGUUUAUGUUGCUUGAAACACUUAUUUAUUUAAUUGCCGAUGUGAUGCAUAUGGCCAAAAUCAAAUAUAGCUAGUUUGGCUAGUCUACUUAUUUGUUUUCUUAAACUAUGGGAAGAAGCAUAUUAUUGUGUCAUUUUGUUGUGUGUGUAUGUGUAUAUAUAAUAUAAAUAUAUAUAUAUAUAAAGUUAUUUUUUCUUUUGGUUAAUUUAUUAUAAGUUGUAACACUUUGCUAGUUUUGUUUGUAUAUGUCUUAAAAUGUUUUCUUAUGAUACUUAAGUGACAGAGGUAUCAAGGUAACUUGUGUAGAAAUAUUGUUUGAUAUAUUGUCAUGUUUGUUGUGAAUAUUUUUUCUUACUGCACAGUAGAAAAGAAAACAACUGGGUCUUUAUUUUAAUGUAAUUCAGAUUGGGGAAAACAGAGCUAAGGGAACAAAAUGACUGAGGGGGUGCUCUCCCAUGUCCAGUGCACUGAUCAUUUUAGUAUGUUUGUGCUUUGUACGGUUAUAUAUUUAAAACAAAAAAGGGUCAUGCUCUUCCCUGAGUACUAGAAACAGUUACUCGCUAUGCAUAAUCUAGUUGAUAGUUAAAUUUGCUAUUGCUUUUCUUGUCUUGUUAUAUAAAAUCUUUUCAAUACAAGUUUAGUCUUAAUGGUAAUAAAACGUUAUGGUUAUUUAUAACUUGUGCUUAUUUUGUGCAUUUUUUCCAUGCUAUACCCACUAACUGCAUGUAGACUAAGUAUUGUUUUUUCACACUGAAGAGGCAAACUUUUGUAGUAGACAAAUAACUAAAGCAAAGGCUGCAUCAUAAUUUUAUCAGUUUUUUACUUUAACAAUGUUAGAUUUUAGUUUAAAGGAACACUCAUUCAAUGUUCAGGGAAACCUUUAUACAUCAUCUGCUAUGAAUGAGCGCAGUUUGCUGGGAAAGUUUUGAUGCAUUUGCUAAGCAUUAGUGGGGAAGGCAUGUCAGAAUCUUUUCUCUACAAUGUGUUUUACUAUCUGAAUAAUAAUAAUUUAAAAAAAUCUUUCUUAGGACCAGGCAGUUGUAUACUUUAGUUAUAAUGAAUGACUUCAUGUUAACCUUGCUAGUUUAGAUCAUUUCUGAGGGAAAGUAUUGUAAAUGUUUUUUUCAUAACCUUGUUGUGUUUGAAUUAUUUGUACUUUAAUUGUCCAGACAAUAAAUGAAAGUGUGUAGAAUGGCUAUGGACUUUCCACCUUUUUAACCGUGUUCAGAUGUUGUAGUGAUCCCAGCCACACCUUCAAUGAGGGAGAUGUUAGUCUGAUCUCAGAAGCAAGGUCUCGGAGACGAAUGUCUUGGUUGAACCAGACUAAGAAUAUUCAUUACUCGUUUUUUCUCCUUCUGAAGGCGAGAAGGAAUCUGCCAUUUAAGAUGUUUGACACCAAAGACCAAAUUGUAACUGUGAUUCAAUACCUUUAUUUGAAUGUGGGAGAUGCUGAAGGGUUUCUACCAUAUACGAUGUUUUUACACAGUGAAAAUAUUAACUCAGUCAAUAUCAACUUUAAACAAAAGUAAUGAGAAUUUCAGCAUUAAUAUUUUCUAAGUCAUUUAGUUUGACUUUUCUAUGACCAUGCUGUGAAUGUCACGCGAUAUGAAACAGUGUACAUACCUGCUGUACAACAGUGUGUGACCACAUUCCCAAUUUAAUUCUUUUCACCAUGUUAUAACAGUUGAUAUUUCAGUUGACUUGUUUGAAUCCCAUUAAUGCAAAUAUUCACUUCAUGUUUAUGUUCUGUAACAUUCACUAAUUGAGAAUGUGUACCUUGUAAAACUGCAGCAUUGAAUCUCGUAACAGAUUAGGAAAAAUAUCAGUGGGCUGGAUGGACUGUGCAAUUUUUCAGCUCCUUCACCUAUUAAUAAACUCGUGUUUUUGUGAGAUUAA